GAGAAUCAACUGGAGAUGCUGCUGACCGCCGUCGAGAGCUACGGCGCCGAUCUGGGCUCGUGCGUUCUCGUGCCGCGUCAGGUCGAGGACUAUUCGUCGUAUAACGAUCAGCAGCACGAACAGCAGCAAUAUCACGGCAGCAACGGCCGGCCGCAACGUCAUCACAUCCGUCAUUUUCAUCAGCGUCGCUAUCGUCAGUAUCGGCACCACCGCUCCAGCAGACACCACCGCUCGUCCUCCAUCGAGGACGACCAGGAGAGCUGCUGCUCCGCGUCGGAAGACUCCUCGUCCAUGUCGCCGAUGAGAUCGGCGAGAAGCGGCGUCGUGCCGGUGAGAGGAUCAGCGGCCGAGAGGGGCGCCGGCGUGCUGUGCGACCCGCAUCUGCUCUGCUGCCAGAUCUGGCGGUGGCCGGAUCUCGAGCACUCCUCGGAGCUCAAGAGACUACCUAUGUGUCAUUCCGCUAAAGAUCCCGUAUACAUAUGCUGCAACCCUUACCACUGGAGCCGGCUCUGCAGACCCGAGUCGCCACCACCCCCGUAUUGCCUUAUCGCCGACAGACUGAGACCCGAAGAUCGCGCGCCCAGCGAAGGGGAUCAACGUCGGUGCAGAAACAGCACGCCCCUGCCACUUCCCGGCUCGCUUACCACCAACGGAGAAGGUGAGACGGGACAGAGGGAAUGGUGCACCCUGGCGUACUGGGAAUUGGGCGGUCGAGUCGGUCGUCUGUAUCCCGUGGAACUAUCGACGGUGAACGUCUUCGACUCCCUUCACGACGGCGACGGCCUCUGCCUGGCGACUAUGGCCGAGAAUAACAAUGCGCCGCCCGCGGUCCAGCGUACGCGCAGCAAAAUCGGCCUCGGGCUAACGCUCAGCCAGGAAGCGGACGGUGUAUGGGCGUACAAUCGGUCGGAGAGUCCGAUCUUCGUGAACUCGCCCACCCUGGACGACCCGGAAUCGAGGACGCUGCUGGUUUACCGGGUGCCGCCGGGUUUCUGUCUCAACAUCUUCGACCGCGCCAAGAUCAUGCAGCUUCCAUACGGCGGCGGCGGCGGCGGCGGCGGUGGCGGCGGCCAGACCUCCGGCUUCACCGCCUCCGGCCCCGUCGACAUUAACUCCGUCCGCAUCAGCUUCGCCAAGGGUUGGGGACCCAAUUAUUCGCGGCAGGAGGUCACCUCCUGCCCGUGCUGGCUCGAGGUGCUCCUGGCGCCGUGCAGGUGA